AUGAAAUCUAGAGAAGGCACACCUAAGCGAAGCUUGAAAGAAAAAGAAGGAUCACCUUCAAAGAAGUCGAUGAGGUCCCGAACAUCGACUCCUGUGCAGGAAUCCGCAAAUACACUUUCAACAGCAGAGGAACCCGUCUCAGAUUCAAGACGUUCAAGUAAGAAUAUUAGCAAAAUGGAAGUUGAUUCAGCCACUGCGAAGCGGAAGCCAGAAGGUCUUCCUGUCCCACCUUCGCAGACGGAAGAAAAGAAGAUGCGAACAUCAUCACCAGCUCCUCCCGAGACACCCAAACAGCAGCAGCAGCAGCAGAACCAAACAAAAAGGGAAACGUUCAAGCGUCCACCUAUUGUCUUGGAAGCCAGCAGGUCCCAACAUAGCGAAUUGCUUGUCGCGACACUAACGCAUGGAUCGGUCGGCGCUCAAGGGGUAGAACAAGUCGGCGCCUUGCAGUGUAGCAUAUGUGCUUGCGGAAGUCUCUAA